AUGAAUUAAGAAAUUCAAGUUGAAUAAAGACUUUCAUUAUAUGAUAUUGUUAAAGAAAAAAGAGAGGAGAAGCAAGUGCCAAUUAGCAGAAUGGUGUAUGCUACUUACUUUAGUGAAAGCGCUAUUCAAAAAAUUGAUGUUGAAUAAGUUUUGACUAAAUAAAUUAAAGAGUUGAGUGAUACUCAGGGUUAAAUUACUGGAUUCAUGUUGAUUCGAGGACUAUUUAGUUUGCAUCUGGUCGAAACUCAAUCACACGUUAUGAAUCUAUGGAUGCGCAAUUUGUAUGCCGAGUAUAGAAAAGAGAAGAACAUCUAUAGCAUGAUUAAUAUCGUUACUGUGAAUGAGGACAAUCCUACAAGGUGUUUUGAUAGGUGGUAUUGUGAAAACCUAUUUCAAACCGGUCCUCAAUUGUCAGACAUGGAUAAAACAGAAGCUUAAUGUUAAGAAAGAGUUUGGGAAUUGUAUUAAUAAGUAUGUAAUGCUGGAAUUAAACACAGUUCAAGAACUUAAAAAGAUAAAUAAUAAAAUAAAAUAAACAAUGAUUUCCUCAUUUCUUUGGAUGAUAUCAACAUGCUACUACAUAAAAGAUUUAUGUCGAUUGAAGAAUAUAAUGAAUUGUACUUGGGAGACAUAAAAAUUGAAUUAGAAUAAGAAAAGGUGUAUCCUCAAACAUUACCCUUAACAAGAGCAUUAGAAUAUAAAGACUUAGGAGAAUGA